CCCCCAAAGAGUUCUGCCAUCGUAGUUCAGUCGUAUAUCCGAGGGUGGAAGGCUCGAAAGCUGCUGCGAGAACUGAAGCACCAGAAACGCUGCCGAGAAGCGGCCACGACCAUCGCAGCCUAUUGGCACGGAGCUCAGGCGCGAAGGGAGCUGAGACGGCUAAAGGAGGCGGCUAGGAAUAAACUUGCUAUUGCUGCUAUUUGGGCUUGCUGGCUUGGAUUUAAGGCUCGAAGGGAGUUGAAACGCUUGAAGGAGGAAGCUAGGCGUAAGCAUGCCGUUGCGGUCAUUUGGGCUUACUGGCUUGGACUAAAGGUCCGAAGAGAGUACAGGAAAUUUUUCCGAGCCAAUGCGGGAAGGAAAAUUUACGAGUUCGUACUUCAGAAGAUCAUGCAGAAGUAUUUCUUGGGAAUGAAGGAUAAGUUGCCCUCUUUGUCACCAAUCGACCAAAACUGGCCGGGCAGCCCGGAUCUUUUCUUGGAUUCCACCCACAACCAAUUGAAAAGGAUCUUCCAUUUGUGGAGGUGUAAAAAAUACCGAGAGGGGUUCACCGAUCAGAAGAAAGCCGUUUAUGAAGAAAAACUGGAAGCCAGCGAGCUUUUCAAGGACAAAAAAGCUUCCUAUCCAGCAAGCGUGGAGCAGCCUUUUCGAGGGGCUUACCUUGACCUGAGCAAGAAUCCCAAGUACAAAAAACUGAAAGACAUUGUGGAGGAGAAAAUUAUCAUUGCGGAAGCAGUGAACAAAAUCAACAGAGCGAAUGGGAAGUGCACUGCUAGGAUUUUCCUGCUCACGAAAAAUCACAUCCUCCUGGCCGACCAAAAAUCGGGGCACAUCAAGUCUGCGGUUCCCCUGGGGGAUGUCACCAAGGUGUCCAUGAGCUCCCAAAACGACGGCUUCUUUGCUGUCCACCUCAGAGAGGGGUCUGGAGCUGCUGGAAAAGGGGAUUUCCUGUUCAGCAGCGAUCACCUUAUCGAAAUGGCUACCAAGCUUUAUAGGACUGUGCUCAGCCAAACCAACCAGAAGCUGCACAUUGAGAUAUCUGAUGAGUUUCUCGUUCAGUUCAAACAGGAGAAAGUGUGCGUGAAGUUUGUGCAGGGGAACCAGAAAAACGGCAACAUUCCAACGUGCAAGCGAAAAAACAACCGGCUUUUCGAAGUUGCUGUGCCUUAAUUGUCUCCUGUUCUCUCCUACCUGACACGAACCUGUUUUUUGUAACAGUGCAAUUUCAGCAGUGGGGGGGGGGGGGAGCUGUGGGAAUCAAGAGGGGCAUCCUGCAAGUAACUUGGGGAGAGCCCUUGCCAAAAGACGUAACCAAGUUAUCGACACACAGAUGUUUUGGUAUGAUAAUCUCUAAGAUCGGUAGGUGGGCUUUGUCUGCUGACGGUGUAUUGUAGGCAGAUCGAGAGCAUUCUCAUACUUGUAAUGGAUUUUUUAUUUAUUCUUCACUUUUUAGUGCUGCUUAUUACAGGCCUGUAUACCUUACAGCCCCGUUCUUCGCCCUUUUCAAGCUGGAAUCCUUCCCCUCCGGCUACGCAGACUACAUUGGGAAGGCAUUCUUUCCGCCUCUUUCCGGUUCUGGGGCCAAGCUCGGCCCAAAGGGUUAAUGGCGAGCCAGGAUCGGAGGCUCUGGCAACAUUCUUCAAAGGAAGCAGUUACCCCAUUAAUUUCAAACAGCACAGAGCCGCUCUGUAAUGUUAUCUUGAACGCCGUCGUCUAUGGCAGGAAACCCUCGGUUCUGCAAAGCAGAAAGAAUGUAUGACUACGUAUGCAACAGCUGCAUAUGUUUAUGUUUUAUUUGCAUUGAAGAAGCAGUGGGCUUUCUAGUCAGCUUUUAACUGUAGGAGUCCAUUAGGCAAGCGACAUAAAAAAAAUGUUGGGGGGUGUUACUGUAGCCCGAGGCAUGCCCUUAUGGGGGGGUCGGGUUCCCCCAUCUAUUUAAAAUUCAUCUUUAAAUGUUAAACCUCCAGGGUGUACAGUUGCUCGCAUGGGGGAACCAAGUGUAGGUAAUUUUAAACAAUGUGUCUGUCAAAUGAAGGGAUCACAAUUUUUUUAGCCCCAGACAUUGGUGUACAUUCUGUACAAUGUGCAAUAAAGCAUUCAUACAGCUUGCAAAACUUAUUUAUAAUAAAUUCUGUCAGAAAGAGGCAGGGACUGGGACGUUGUGUGUAUCCGUUGUCCUGAAGAGUGAAAUUUGUGUCCAGUGUCCAAUUCAAAGGGAGAGUUUCCGGAUGUACACUACAGCUAUCGUUAUCAGAGAAGAUGUACAUAAAUUUAAUAUUAAUGGUAAAUAAUUGUUCUAAUUCUGUGCUGUUUGGUACUCUUGUGAUAACCAUAUUUUUGUAUUUCAAACAGUUUUAUAUAAGUUUGUGCGCCUGAUGCGUAUCGUGUGCGCAGACACACUUUACAGUCAAGACCUGCGUUCGAAACUUUCUGAAUAGAAAUCUCAACCUUAAAUCCUUGGAUCAACCAGGAGAAUUAGCCAAGAGCGUUGAUUUACGGGGUGUCUUUAUCAAGUGUUUAGGCAGAAGUUAGCUAAAAGAGAUUGUUUGUGUGUGAUUGUGGGGUUUUGUUGACGUAAGGACGGUUUUAGACCUCAUUGUAUUCUCAGUCUGAAGAAUUUGCCUUCCGGGAGAGAUUACUGCACUAAAGGUGCAUUGCUGAAAGCCCAAGUAUAAAUAAAGAAAAGCUUUGAAAUCA